GUGCGAUAGAGAAGCCCCAAAAGCGCCACAAUAUCUCUUCCUCUGUUCCUCUGCGCUGUGAGUGAGAUCAUUCAGUCGUCGUAGUCGUGGGUUAACCACAGUUGGGCACAGUCGGGCGUGGUGUGUGCUCCCCACGAGAAAUUUCUGUGAUUUUGCAAUCGCGUUUUUUUUUGCAUGAAUAUCUUGUUGAAUUAAAUAAAAGCAAAAUCUCAUUUUUCAAUCGUUAUCACUUCUCGUGUGUUCUGUGUGACUACAAAAGUGAUCUCACUUGUGAUUGUCUGAUUUUGGCCCUAAGGAUACCCAGGAUGAUUUACGAUUUAUUCGUGUACUUCAUAGACCUACCACGGUGGCACUUCUUCGCCUUCUCCGUCGUCGGCUAUGUCUGCUACUACUUCUGGGAGGUCGUUAAGCGUCCAAUCUUGGCUGUCUCCGAGGGACCUUUCAAGCAGUUCCUGCUGAAGAAUGUGCCAACGCUGGAAAUGAAAUUCUGGCCGACAUUCUGGUGCGUCGAGAGUCGCGCUCAGACUGUCUUUGCCUCCAUCCUCCGGUCGCAGAUCCUCCCGCGCAUUAACUACCGCCGUGAGGUGCUGACGCUCAAGGAUGGGGGUGAAGUGGCGCUCGAUUGGCUCGAGGAUGGCUGCGAACCGGAUGCUCCGCUCAUUCUCAUCCUCCCAGGACUCACGGGCGAGUCUCAGGCGGAGUACAUCAAGUGCCUGGUCACUGCGGCCAAUCUCACGGGAAUACGCACCGUCGUGUUCAACAAUCGUGGCCUCGGUGGCAUCAUGUUGAAGACUCCCAGGCUGUACUGUGCCGCCAAUUGCGAAGAUCUCUCGGAGGUUGUGCAGCACGUGAGGCAACUUAAUCCAAUGGUUAAGCUCGGUGCCACGGGAAUCUCCAUGGGAGGCCUCAUUUUAGGUAAUUACUUGGCUGAACAUUCCGAUGAGGCAAGACGCUCAAUAACAGCCGCCAAGAUCAUUUCCGUUCCGUGGGACGUUAAAAAAGGGACCGCAAGUAUUGAGAAGCCCUACCUUAAUAGCAUGCUAGGACGCCAUUUGGCGGGUAGUUUGUGCGCAACUGUGAGUAAGUACGACAUUUUCCAAGAUGGAAAGGUGGACAUGACGAAGGUGCUGCAGAGUAAGACGAUAAAGGAGUUUGAUGCGAAUUUCACAUCGAAACAAUUUGGCUUCAAGGAUGUGGACAGCUACUACGAAGCUGCCACGCUACACAAUAAACUUCACAAAAUUAAAGUGCCUUUGCUGUGCCUCUCGGCGGCGGAUGAUCCCUUCCAGCCACUCGAUGGGAUCCCCAUUAAGGCGGCUGAGAAGUCCUCGCACGUGGCCAUUGUCGUUACAGCCCGCGGGGGUCACAUUGGCUUCCUCGAGGGUUGGUGGCCAUCGUCCAAGGAUCAGUACAUGGGUAGGCUAUUCAGUCAAUUCUUCUCAGCUGCCCUCUUCGAUACAACCAAGGACUUUGAAAGGACAUCCCAAAAUAUGAUGAUUGGCGUUGAAUGUACAUCACGGAGUGAUUAGAAAAAAAUACUAUUUAAAGCAAAAAAAAAAAUGGCAAGAAACACUGUGGGGGCUCCUUCUUCGCGCAUAUCUCACACACAGUGCAUUAAUUUAACGGCUUCUCCGCGUGACCAAUUUUAAAGGAAAAACAGAAAAGAAAAUUCCCGCGCGGAGACAACAAAAAAAAUGCAAAUCUUGCCAGAGCUGCGUGUUUUUUAGCAUACAAAAGUGCAAAAUAAAAUUGCAAAGAAUGAUUCUAAAAGGAAGACACAAGAAAAACUCUUUGAACAAAUUUGCCUUUCCAAUUUUUACCUCUCUUACAUAGAGUGCAAAAAAAAGAAAAAUCGCAAAGUAGGAUUGUAUUAAAAAUAAAACAUAUCACCCCAUUGUUGAACAAAAAAUAAAUCAUUCCAUGCUUCUCACAAAUUACUAAGGGGGGAAGGAAAUACUAUUUGUUAUCCUUUUCAUCACAGUAUCGCCCCUUUUUUUCAUUCUCCCAAAAAAUUCUGCGAGAUUUGCGCGAUUUUUUUGUGAGGGAGGAAAUCAUAAAUUAUAUCCAUUUAAAACAUACCAAAAAGCAUUGUGUAUGGAUUGUGUGUAGUAGAGGAAUAGCUGUGAUUGUGUAUUUAGCAGAGAGAUGGCGCUGUGUUCAUAAAGAAUACGAAUUUAGCUCAUUAAUCACUUGAUUUAGCUUCAUUAAAUGCUGGGAUUUUUUUUAUUUUAAAGUGAUUUCAUAAGAGAGGAGAAAAUAAGUAAUAAACGCAAAAGAAAUGAUAAGAUACUAAAAAUCGUACAGUAGAUACAAGAACGCUUUAUAGGCUUUAAGUAUCUUUUAGGGAGAAAAGAAAAACUCUUUCCGGGAGCGGUGGUAAUUAAUUGUGACUCAAUUUAGGCCUAAUAGAAGUUUUACUAGGUACGUUUUUUUUAAACUAAAAAAUCCAUAAAUUAAUUAAAUUUGCCAUUAAUUCAAAAUAAAAGCCCAUAGAUGACAAUAAAUAUGUCAAAACGUCCCUUGAAAGCUCAAAAGUAGUGCCUUAUUACUGGCUUUAUUAAUGAUUUUUCCUUAUAAAGAAGAAUUUUCUUGGUUUUCCUCAUCAAAUUCCACUUUAUGUUUAUUUAAACAAUAUUUUGAACGCUUUUUCUGCAAUUUUAAUACUUUUUUGAUAUUUAAUCAACCAUUUAAAAGAUUCGUAGAGUUCAUUACACUCUUGUGGAAGACCAAAUACCUUAUCCCCCUUAUCCAGACGUCCAUAUUGGACGCUCGCGUGCCUCUAGAAAUUAAAUCACAAGAGCUAGAUCCCUACAAGCUUUGAUCCUUUGGGGUUUUUCUGUGAUAUUUUUCAUUUGUUGUUUUUCUUUUAAUUUUUCAAAGCUUUCGGCUUCAUAGGAAUUGACAGAAAUGCUGUCUGGUCUGAUAAAACAAGAAUUGGUAGCUUUUAUUCAUUUGGAAGCCUUUUAAAGAUUUUUUAAAUGAUUUUUUAAUACAAUUAGUAACAGAAAAUGGAAUUAAAUUUAUCAAAACAGCGCUGGAAAGUUUGAAAAUUACGUCUUCUACCAUCAAUUCGUUCCUAUUCUGACGUAAAAAUUCUCACAGAAGAUCGUACACUCAUUAGAUUUAUCCUAGAAAAUACUUAACUUCCACUUCCCCCACAAACGAUUCCGGAAGGCGCUAGUUGUCAAUUUUAUUGCAAUCGGAGGCCGAAUAUGUCAAAGAUUAACCCUUGGAGGUUCCGAUUUUUUUAUCCUCAAACUUUUUUUUUCUAAAUUUUCUCCCUAAAAGAAAAUGUUUUUCCGACUUUCCUUUCCCCGAACUUGAAGUGAUUUACCUUUUUUUAAAACAUUAAAAAAUCAAAUUGGCAACGAUGGCCCACAAAGUUCUUCAAAGGUUAAUCUCUUGACCAUACGUUUAAUUAUUUAUGAGACUUCUGUCUUCAUGAAGGAUCAAUAAAUACCUGGUAUGUAAAAUCUUUUAAAUCAGGCUGUAUAACUGAAAAACUUCUUGUUCAAUAGAUAAGAAUACCACGCCAUCUAUGCAGCUAAUCCGCACAUUAACCGCAUUAUCUUACUACAAAUAUAUUCACUACACUAUGUCAAAAAAAAAACCAGAAAAAAUCCAGUAGUGGGAUUCACUGAAAGCUUUUCCUUUUUAAAAAUAAUAAAGAAAAUUAAUAAUUAAAAAAAAGCUAAAUGAACAAAAUACUUUAGACAAGAUUUCAGUGCAAUAGAUAGAAGAAUUUUUUAGGGUUUUACCGCAAUAGGCAUCGACAUAGAUUUAAAAAAAAUAGGAUCUAUAAAUUACCUGCGUGAUCCUUGAGGAUCUAACAGGAAGGUGAGCACAAUAAUGCAAUGUUUUUUCAAAUUAGUUGUAAAAAAAGAAAAUCUUUGAAAAGGUUCUCCGUUUUUUGGGAAUUAACUUUCAACACUAAAUCAACAUAUUUAUUGUUAACCGUUUAAGUGUUUUUGUAGUGAAUUUGAAAAUAAAAGAAAAUUAUUGAAUUGA